AUGGGUGUCGUCGUAGGUUGCUCGAGGCCCACAUCCUUCUCGAGGGUCAACAGACUGUGGUAUGAGUUCGGUCGUUUCUGGUGCGCGAUGCGGCGGCGAGGAGUGCUGGAUCUGGUCAUCUGGAGCUGGUCAGCUGCUUACAAAUACAGCAGUGAGUACAUUGAUUGAUGAUAUGAUUGAUGAGAGCCAUCCAUCAUCUUGGUGGUCUGUGUGUGCAUGUGUUUGCCACUUGUUUGCCUGCAGGUACAGCUGGUGUCGCCAGGUAUGGAGUCUCACACAUCCACACGUUCCCGGCUCCCUCGCGUCGAGGCGUGUCCAAGGCAUGACACGGCCUCGACGUCACAGAGCAUCUCAUCUGCCCUGUGGGAGCCACACUGGCGGCCCUCUCUUUAGGCUGACGGCGCAAAGGCCUCGCUGUCAGUAUAGGCGGAGGGCCACACUCGCUCACACACAGCAGAAAGGCCAUGAUGAGAUGUGUCGUCCGUGUAUUGUGCUGCUUGUUCAGGUUGA